AUGCCUUGUAAUCGGAAUCGAGUCCGGCGAAAAAUUGGGCUCAGCCGUCUAAGGGAGUAUAGCUACCUUGGGGAAGAGAGUGGGACUUUGGGCGAUGUAAUCGUGACCAAGGCAAACUCCACAGAACCAGGCACAAACGAUCCCCCAACAUUGCCCCCCAAGCUCCAGACUAGAAAGUGUAACGUUCUACCAAAAGCCAAUAGAGUCGAAGGUAUCCCGCUCAGUCGAUCCUUACACCAGGUGCUUGUCGCUGAGUUCGGACGAUAUGCCAGGGAUCGGCUCUUUCAUGCGGCGAACUCUAAAGACAAAUCUCCUCAGUCCAUCAAUCAAACUAUCUUCUCGUCUAUCAGACGAUUCCCGAAGCAAACCACUCCAGCGCCAACAGAAACAGCUGCUGCGACCGCCGAUGACUCCGCGUACGGACUGGUACUGACUUCCGCAUCGUUGAAAUUUGAACCGGGAGCACAGUCAUUACUUAUCGGCCUUGCCACGUACUUAAACAUGACCUCGGCCCCUUCCACGAUGCUUGACGACCAGAGUGUUCAGCACGACGGAGCUAUUGACUCGCCGGCCACUUCACUGGCUGUUUCCUUCUCUGGGAUAGGGUGCAGCAGCAGGAUAUUUAUCAACGUCAUCUCCUUGGUCAUGGAACAGUCUAUAAAGGGGGUGCCAAGGAAUGCUCCAGCACGUCGACGAUUGAAAUCAAGGGGAGCUACGGAAGUCAUUGCACAGAUCGAUUCCACGGACAUUAUACGAGAAUGCGUCUCCAAUGCUUGGGCAACCCUGGAAGCUGGCCAGAGGCAGUGGCUUACACGACGACUGAUGGACUAUCAGGUCGACUGGGCCGACGAAGCAAAGAAAAGCAACUGCCAAAACACGGAAGCGGUAUCAACCCCCAACCGGCUCUGGCACGGCAACCUAAAAACCGUUUGGGAGGAAUUUGUCAUUGCAGUACAAGACAUGAUCCCGGCCUGGAGCCAGUGCUUAGUGCUACGAACCAAGCGCGAACCGAAGAGCUGGGGAGGCAUAUCCUAUACCAUCGAAUCGGCCUCCGAAAAUUUGAAAGGGGAGGAUGUGGUGGUCAAUUUCAUGGGGUCGUCGAGGAGGCAGCAUGAGCAGCUUACUAUCGAUCUGAGGAAUGGCGGGACUUUUACAAGCCUAAUCACAUGGGGGCGAAAUUCGACUCCUGUUAAGGUCAAGGCAAUUGAGUUAUUGCAUGAUCCUCCGCAGCUGAACAGCCGAAAGUUUGCGUGUUUCUUGGAGUUUAUAUGA